AUGAAUUCUGUGCCAACUGAGACUCCUGUAUCUGCUAUCACUAUUCCUGGAACACAUGAAAGCUUAUCGUCAACUGGGGGACCACUGGCUGUGUGUCAGGUUUGGACCUUGGAGCAGCAACUUAAAGUGGGACUACGCUACUUUGACCUGCAUGCUGGGAUUUGGUUUCCUAACCAAAAAGAUAUUUAUAUCCGGGAUACACCAAGUUUUAGCAAACCAAAGAAGUUGGCUGAAACAGUUAAUGGGCAAAUCUACGACUUUGUGGAAGGACAUAAGAAAAGUUCCUUAAAUCAAGGUUGCUUAGGAGUCUUCAGUAUGAACUUCCCCAGUGCUGAUCUCAUUAAGAACAUCAUUCAAAUCAAACCGUACCCACCCACUGAGCCAGACUCACUGUCAACACCUCAAGCAGCUCCAGAACUAGCACCUGUGCCAGAUUCACUGACAACACCUCAAGCAGCUCCAGAACCAGAAACCAGACCACAAUCAAUGACAACACCUCAAGCAGCUCCAGAACCAGCAACUGGGCCAGAUUCACAAACAAAUCCUGAAGCAGUAUCCACACCAGAACCACCCACCGAGGCAGACUCACUGUCAACACCUCAAACAGCUCCAGAACCAGCAACUGGGCCAGAUUCACUGACAACACCUCAAGCAUCUUCAGAACCAGAAACUGGACCUGAGUCACAAACAACCCCUGAAGCAGUACCCACACCAGAACCAGCAACUGGACCUGACUCAUUAUCAACACCUCAAGCAGCUCCAGAACCAGAAACCGGACCACAAUCAAUGACAACACCUGAAACAGCUCCAGAACCAGCAACUGGGCCAGAUUCACAAACAAAUCCUGAAGCAGUACCCACACCAGAACCACCCACCGAGGAAGACUCACUGACAACACCUCAAGCAGCUCCAGAACCAGAAACCGGACCACAAUCAAUGACAACACCUGAAACAGCUCCAGAACCAGCAACUGGGCCAGAUUCACAAACAAAUCCUGAAGCAGUACCCACACCAGAACCACCCACCGAGGAAGACUCACUGACAACACCUCAAGCAGCUCCAGAACCAGAAACCGGACCACAAUCAAUGACAACACCUGAAACAGCUCCAGAACCAGCAACUGGGCCAGAUUCACAAACAAAUCCUGAAGCAGUACCCACACCAGAACCACCCACCGAGGAAGACUCACUGACAACACCUCAAGCAGCUCCAGAACCAGAAACCGGACCACAAUCAAUGACAACACCUGAAACAGCUCCAGAACCAGCAACUGGGCCAGAUUCACAAACAAAUCCUGAAGCAGUACCCACACCAGAACCACCCACCGAGGAAGACUCACUGACAACACCUCAAGCAGCUCCAGAACCAGAAACCGGACCACAAUCAAUGACAACACCUGAAACAGCUCCAGAACCAGCAACUGGGCCAGAUUCACAAACAAAUCCUGAAGCAGUACCCACACCAGAACCACCCACCGAGGAAGACUCACUGACAACACCUCAAGCAGCUCCAGAACCAGAAACCGGACCACAAUCAAUGACAACACCUGAAACAGCUCCAGAACCAGCAACUGGGCCAGAUUCACAAACAAAUCCUGAAGCAGUACCCACACCAGAACCACCCACUGAGCCAGACUCACUGUCAACACCUCAGACAGCUCCAGAACCAGCUACUGGACCUGACUCACUGUCAACACCUCAAGCAGCUCCAGAACCAGCAACUGGGCCAGAUUCACAAACAAAUCCUGAAGCAGUAUCCACACCAGAACCAGCAACUGGACCUGACUCAUUGUCAACACCUCAAACAGCUCCAGAACCAGCACCUGUGCCGGAUUCACUGACAACACCUCAAGCAGCUCCAGAACCAGAAACUGGACCUGAGUCACUGACACCUCAAGCAGCUCCAGAGCCAGCAACUGGGCCAGAUUCACUGACAACACCUCAAGAACCCACUAGUCCAGAUUCACAAACAACCCCUGAAGCAGUACCCAUCCCAGAACCAGCCACCGAGCCGGACUCACUGACAACACCUCAAGCAGCUCCAGAACCAGCAACUGGGCAAGAUUCACAAACAAAUUCUGAAGCGGUACCUACACCAGAACCACCCACAGAGCCAAACUCACUAACACCUCAAGCAGCUCCAGAACCAGCAACCGGACCAGAGUCACUAACAAUACCUCAAGCAGCUCCAGAACCACCCACCGAGGCAGACUCACUAACACCUCAAGCAGCUCCAGAACCAGCAACUGGGCCAGAUUCACAAACAAAUCCUGAAGCAGUACCCACACCAGAACCAGCCACCGAGCCAGACUCACUGACAACACCUCAAGCAGCUUCAGCACCAGAACCAGCCAGUGGCCCAGAUUCACAGAAAACACUCCAGUCAGCAUAUGAACCAGAACCAACAACUGGGCUGUAUUUACAUUCCACAACCCCAGUAGUACACGCACCACACCCAACACCACCUAAGCAUGGACCACAUCUAAUCAAUCCACCAAACACUAUACCUGCUGCAGUACCCAAGUCCUAUCCUGGUGUUCUCCCAAACAUUCCUCUUAAAAUAGAGCAUAAGCCAAAACCAGUCUGGAGAAUACGUAAUUGUCAUAGAGGUUAAAUUAAGUAAGAAACUUA